AUGCCUCCUCGCAAAAAAGCUGCUGCCGACGGUGCUGCUCCAGCUCCUACACGCUCUAGCACUCGCACAAAAUCUGCUGCAGCCUCAGCCCCAGCCCCGGCAGCGACGAAGCCCAAAUCCAAGAAGCGCGCGGCUGCCAGCGACGAUGAAGAUAGUCAAUCUGACAAUGAUGUGAAAAAACCAGCAAGCAAGAAAGCCAAGAAGGCGCCCGCCUCAAAGGCAAAGGCAAAGGCCGACAGCGACGACGAGAACAGCCAAAGCGACAACGAUACGAAAAAGCCAGCCAGCAAGAAGGCUAAGAAAGCUCCUGCAUCUAAGGCCAAGGCCAAAGCAGCCAGCGACGACGACGACAAACCGGCCAAGAUGGUCACCGUUCUUAAGCGUGGCCGGGCUCCUGUAGACAGCGGCUCUGGCAAAGUUAACACGCAUCAGGUCUUCAGUAAUGAUGAGGGCGUCUGGGAUGCUAUGCUGAACCAAACGAACAUCGGCAACAAUAACAACAAGUUUUAUGUCCUCCAACUGCUCCAUCCCGUUGGAAACGACACCUCCUGCAUCCUGUUCACACGUUGGGGUCGAGUGGGCGCUGAUGGUCAGACCCAAGUCAAAGGCCCCUUCCCAUCUUCUACCGCAAUCCGAGAAUUUAAGAAGCAGUUCAAGGCGAAAGCUUCAGUUGAGUGGGAAGACAGAGUUGGUAUGGUACCCAAAGCAGGCAAAUAUACCUGGCUUGAACGCGACUACGGCGACGAAGAUGAAGCAGAAGCUGAAGACAAAGCCGAGAACAGUUCGAAGAAGAAGGGGAAAGCGAAAUCAGAAAUACCACCGUCCAAACUCGACCCUGAAAUCCAAGAGCUAUGCAAUCUCAUCUUCAGCACCUCGAUUAUCGACGCGACCCUCUCGUCCAUGAAUUACGAUGCCAAUAAGCUCCCUCUGGGCAAACUCGCUAAGAGCACGGUUCUGAACGGAUUCGCAGCUCUCAAGGCUCUUUCGGAAGUUAUCAACGAUCCCAACGGCGAUGCUGCUAAAGAACUUGGUGGUCUCGCUAAGGCCUGCGAACACCUCAGUGGCAGAUAUUACUCCAUCAUACCACACGACUUCGGUUUCUCUCGACCUGUGUCCAUUAACACCAAGCAACUCCUGGAAAAGGAGCUAGAACUUGUGGACGCGCUAUCUGACAUGGAGAUCGCUAGCAAACUCAUUGCAGAGAACAACAAGGCCGAUGAGGAUGCAGACGGCAAUCCUAUCAACCCUAUGGACAAAAACUUCCACUCUCUCAACUUAACGAGCAUGGAGCCAGUCCAGCGUACUUCCAGCGAAUGGGGUGUUCUCGAGGCUUAUGUUCGUGAUACCCAUGGUCACACUCAUGGUCAUAUCCAGGGCAAAGUCCUGAAUGCGUUCAGAGUGGAGCGAGCGGCGGAAACUGCUGCAUGGAAUGCCGCUGGGUAUGACAAGCUUGGCGAGGGAGAGAGACUAUUGUUGUGGCACGGCUCGAGGUCCACUAAUUUCACCGGUAUACUUUCUCAAGGGUUGCGUAUCGCUCCGCCAGAAGCGCCGGUAACCGGAUAUAUGUUCGGUAAAGGUGUCUAUUUCGCUGAUAUGAUGUCCAAGUCAGCUGGAUACUGUUAUUCUCAUUUGAGUAAUGGAACGGGCGUAAUGCUGCUGUGCGAAAUCGCAGCUAAGCCCUUCCACGAGCUCGUGUCUGCGGACUACCAUGCCGAUCAGGGCUGUAAGAAGAACAAGAAACGUGCGACCAAGGGGUUGGGCAGGUCGCAGCCUGGUGACUGGAAGGAUGCCGGUCAAGCACUGGGACAUGAUGAGUUGAUUGGGUGCCAUAUGCCUGAGGGCCCAGCUAAGAACGUGGAUCUCCCUGGACUUAACGGCGGCUACGGCCUCCAGUACAACGAAUAUAUCGUUUAUAGCACCGCUCAGAUCAGAGUGAGGUAUCUGCUCAUGGUCAAGAUGUGA